AUGAUGGCGGUGGUGAGGCGUUCCGCGUUGUUUGUGGUGGCCGUCGCGCUGUGCUGCGUGUGUGGCUGUGCAGCGACUCCUGCCGAGGAUACCGGUGGCGAGGAUCAAGUGAUUGUUAACCUUAAGAAGGCAAAGGAGAAGGUGGAUGAUGCCAGGGGUAAGGUGGACGCCGUAAAGAGUGCAGCGGAUAAGUUCAAGACUGCGGCAGAAGCGGCGUCAGAAGCGGCUGCUGCGCUUCAAAAGAUAUUGGUGGGAAAACAAGAGAUCGAGAAGGAUAAAAUUGCUGAGGUUGUCGGCUUGGCGAAAACCGCAAUGACCACGGCAACGUUGUCUCACGAAUCGGUUGCUUUAAUCGUGGAGAAGGUCAAGGAAGCAGUGGAUGCAACGACUACUGCAGGGGAGUUGUUCACUAAAGCACGGGAGUUGGCUGGCAACGCGGCGAAGAAACCGGUUGAAGUUAGCAGAACAGAAGCAGAGCCCGCACAGGAGGUAUUAAAAAAACUAUCAGAAGUGUUGUCGGCACUGUCACUAGCCGAGAGUAGCGUUGAAAAAGCAACAAAGGCUAAGACCACGGAGAGAGGGAAUGCUUUUAAUGCCAAGACCAGCGCCGAGAAAGCAUACAAAACUCUCAACGUUGCGUCUCCCACCACAUAA